AUGCCAAUCGCUACCGAAUUAACGCGUAUCUUGGGGAUAAAGUAUCCCAUAGUUCAAGGUGGGAUGCAAUGGGUUGGAACCCCUCCUCUCGCCGCCGCUGUCGCCUCAGCGGGAGCUUUGGGCAUGCUCACCGCGUUGACGCAGCCUAGUCCCGAUGCCCUUCGAGAAGCUAUACGGGAGACCCGAAAACGCAUAGGAAGUGGACAAGGCAAAUUUGGUGUCAACAUCACAUUACUACCUUCGAUAAACCCGCCUGAUUACGCUGAAUACGCUCGAGCUGCUCUGGAAGAAGGUGUGGAUAUAUUUGAGACAGCAGGGAACAAUCCGAAACCCCUCAUCGAGUUUAUCAAGACAUAUAGACCACCAGGGCACUCAGCGUCAGAUGCUGUUCCGAAAAGAUUCGUGAUUCACAAAUGCGUGACAGUGAAGCAUGCUUUAUCAGGUCAGAAAAUGGGGGUGGAUAUGCUAAGUAUAGACGGCUUCGAAUGCGCCGGCCAUCCAGGAGAAGAUGAUAUUGGAGGGAUCGUUUUGCUUGCUAGAGCAGCCCAAGAGCUAUCAAUCCCAUAUAUCGCAUCUGGAGGUUUUGCCGAUGGUCGUGGUCUGGCAGCAGCUUUAUCUCUUGGAGCAGCGGGAGUCAAUAUGGGAACUAGAUUUAUGUGCACAGUCGAAUCUCCUAUACACCAGAAGAUCAAAGAGAAGAUAGUCGAGUCUACUGAAAAGGAUACUAUUCACAUCUUCCGUACUCUCCGUAAUACCGCUCGAGUAUAUCGAAAUGCCGUCUCAACUGAAGUCGUGAGACUGGAAAGAAGACCUGGAGGAGCCAAAUUUGAGGAUUUGAGAGAACUUGUCGCCGGGGCUCGAGGUAAGAAGGUCUACGAAACAGGAGAUCGCGAUGCUGGUAUAUGGUCUGCUGGCAUAGCCGUUGGAUUGAUCGAUGACAUCCCAAAUUGUAAAGACUUAGUGCUUAAGAUUGACAAGGACGCCUCAGACAUAAUCAAGGGGAUGAAUCGGUUGAUCAUCGAUGAAGAAGAGUAUGACACGGUCAGAGCUAAGUUGUAG